CAGGACCAGGGCCAGGCCCCCUAUGGAGGAGGAAGUCCGACUUUUUUUUUGGUCGACGUAACAUCACAACUCUGUUUAUUAAACUGAACCAUGGCUGUGUCACCGGGAGUGCUGAGCCUCUCGGAGAACCCGGACCCGGAGUUCCUGGACGCCGCCAAACUGCUGCUCACCUACGCAGACAACAUCUUAAGGUAUCCAAACGAAGACAAAUACAAAUCCAUCCGCAUAGGCAACGCCAAGUUUUCAACCAAACUGCUGCCGACUAAAGGCGCAGUGGAGUGCCUCUUCGAGAUGGGUUUCGAGGAGGGCGAUACACACCUGGUUUUCCCGAGUUCCGCAUCGGUUCACCAACUGAGACGCAUAAGGGAGUCCAUAGCUGCGGAGAAGGACCAGAGACUCGGUAGACCGUCUUCUCAGCAUCCUCCUCCGACCACCACCACCAGCACAGCUUCAACAGCAGUGUCUGCUGCUACGCCUAGCCUGCCAAGCACCCCAGCUCCCUCAGCAGCAUCCCCAUUGGUGGGCAGCAUGGGUUUCUUUUUGACUCUGCAGUCCAACUACCAACAUGUCAUGGUGUACGAAAGCCUGGAGCUCCAGCAGAAGGCCAGGAGCAAGCUCCCCUAUGAAGAGCUCUCAGCAGCGGCUGUAGAGAAGUUAAACGUGGCUAAAGCAAGUGAUCCAGAAUGCAAGCUUGGAAAAGAGGACUUUCUGGUCAUGGAGUUGCUGAGAUGGUUCAAGAAGGAGUUCUUCUCCUGGGUGAACUGCUUGCCUUGUAGCCAGUGCGGCGGUGAAACAAAGACGGCGGGGUCCCUGAACCCGAGCGCUGAAGACACGCGCUGGGGGGCCCAGCGGGUGGAGAGCCACUAUUGUCAGUCUUGCCAUGUUGCUACUCGGUUUCCCAGGUACAACAACCCAGAAAAGUUGCUUGAAACCAGAAGAGGUCGCUGUGGAGAGUGGGCCAACUGCUUCACACUGUGUUGCCGAGCCGUGGGCCUGGAGGCCAGGUAUAUCUGGGACAGUACAGACCACGUGUGGACAGAAGUGUACUCAUCGGCCCAGCGGCGCUGGCUGCACUGUGACCCGUGUGAGAACAGCUGUGACAAGCCUCUGAUGUACGAGGUGGGCUGGGGGAAGAAGCUGUCCUAUAUUCUGGCUUUCUCCAAGGACGAGGUGGUGGAUGUGACCUGGAGGUAUUCCUGUAAUCACCCAGACGUGCUGACCAGACGGACCAAGGUUCAAGAGGCCUGGCUGCUACGCACUAUAAGCGGCCUCAAUGUCACGAGGCAGCAAAGCGUGGGCCCAGAGAGGAAGAGGGAGCUGGUGAACCGGCUGCUCGUUGAGCUGGUGGAAUUCAUCUCGCCCAAGAAGCCCAAAGCGGGAGACCUUGGUGGCCGCGGAUCCGGCUCGCUGGCCUGGAGGAUAGCCAGGGGAGAGGUGGGCGCUCGGGAGGCCGUGCCCCAGGUGGCAGAACACACGUUCACGCCCACAGACGUGGAGAAGAACAAGGGGCUGCUCCAUGUGCGCUACUUUGCCAGCAGGGACCAGUACCAGCGCGUGUCCAACGGCGAUGAGGUCAUCCACGGCUGGGAGCGGGGCGUGUGGAGGAAGGACUGUGUCUUCAGGAAGGUGGAGAACGACUGGCAGAUGGUGUACAUCGCUAGGACAGAGGGGUCGCCUUGCGGGACGCUCAGCUGGAGGUUCGACUGCGCCGACGUGGGCGUGAAGAUGAAGGCCGUUUCGGUCACCACACACAGCCAGACGUUCAACUCGGGGACGGUGGUGUGGAGGAUGCGCUCAGGCCAGGCCGUUACCGAGUUCCUUGGAGAUGGGAGUCUGCAGUCAUUCCCACUCUCCGGGUCUACGGAGCUUGUCAUUGAAGCCGAACUCUGUGGCGGGGAAGGAGCGUUGUCAUGGCAACACGCUCAGCUGUUCAGGCAGAGUUUGACCGAGACGGCGGAACCUUCCAUUGAAAUUCUCCUACAUUUUGACGCUUGACGACGGGCGUUUCAGGACGGACUAGAGGAAUGCAGAUUUAGGAUCCACACCAUCCAGCUCCUUAAAGAAAUAAAUCUACACUAACCAGCCACCUAAAGAAAUACAUUUACAGUAAGCAGCUCCCCAAAGACAUCUAGACUAACCAGCUCCCUAAAUAACAUUGGACUCCGCUCUGAGCAAUGUGGGGUUGAAGGGGCUCUACCUUAAAUGUGUUUCCUACUGUUGAAGUAUAAUAUUUGGUUGUCAUGACUCAUUUCUCUGGCUAACAAGACAAAUGAAUAACCGAUGUGGCAUGGCUAAAUAAUACUACUUUUAUGACAGCCACAAGACCCCCAAAAAAUAUUGAACCCCCUCUCAACUAGUCAAAAUAUCUCAGAGAUUCUAUCAGAUAUGUAAAUCAAAUGGUAAAUAUUUAAAUAUUCUAUGUUAUUUUUCUUCUUGUAAUCUCAUGUCACCUUUCUCAGAAAUUGUGAUUUGUAUCCUUUUUUCCAAAAAUUCCUAUUCGGUUAUGUCUAAUGAAAGAUUGGGAUGAUACUGUUUAUUCUGUCACUACUGAAAAUGCUGAUCCUAAUGAUGGUAUAUGUGAUUAAAAACAAAUCUCUGCAUUCGCCAUAAUAAAGAUAUUUUGACCAA